AUGACUGUCGAGAAUAUUUAUGAAGUAACUUGUGCAGGAGAAAUGCAGCAUAUGCAGCACAGUGAUCCUAGUGCUGCACUCAUAUUACUUUUCGGUUGGGCCGGUUGCAGUGACCGUUUCUCAGUUGUACGGUUUACGGCCAAUAUUCAAAGUGUGCGAUCGUUUUCAUCAUAUUGGAGUUUUGCAUCGUAUAUUUAUAAGAAAGUGCUAGAAUCAACAGCAGCAUCAUCAAUUUAUUGUCAUAUGUUUAGCAUGAAUGGCUGUUCAACAUUUUGUGCUUUGUGGAAUUUACUAGAGACAGUAAAAGAUUGCAAAGGAUUGAAGUCGAAAUUCAAGGGUUUAAUUUUUGACAGCUGUCCUGCUUAUGUGACACCAUGGCAAACAGCAGAAGCAAUCUCAUUUGCUUUAUUACCACCAUCAGCGUAUAGCAGAUCAGUCCGUGAAAUUUGUCGUCUUAUGUUAGCGGGUUACUUUUGGAUAUAUCAUUCCGUGAUUUGGCUUCGAUCUCGGUGGGACAAAGAUGUCUAUAGGCGGAAUCAUUGUUAUUUUCGUAUGUUGGCUAUGAAUGAUUUACCAAAAUAUCAGCUUUAUAUUUAUAGUGCUACAGAUUCUAUCUGUUCGGCGGAAAGCAUUAACCAGUUUAUAGCACAAGAGCAUGAACAAAAAGCUGUAAUUUCAAAGUUAUUUUUUGUUGAUACAAUUCACUGUCAGCAUUAUCGACUGCAUCCUAAGGAAUACGAACAAGCUUGCAUAGAACUUAUCAAGAAGUCUGGAGGAAAUAGUAGUGAACCCUUCGAAAAUAUCGUACAUUCUCCUAAAUAA